AAUUGUGCGUCUGCGUCGCCGAGUACCAAUGAAUUAAAAUGACAGAAUUUGACCUUUGACAUUCAAUAUGGCGACUUCCAUCGAAGAACGUGUUCUACCGGAGAGCGGUAACAAAAAUAAAAGGCAUGUUAAGAAAACUGCCAGGUAUUUUGACUCUAAUGUCGAAGAGGCUACAACUCAACCAGACCCAGCAAAGAAACACGUAGGGAAAUUUCGAAGAAAAGGAACCCACUCAGAGGACGACAAACAGGAACCGAAAUGGAAGAGAGAUUUCAUGAAGUCGAGGGAGAAGAAAGACCCAUUUGAAGGACCGCCACCCAUCCCAGAGAAGAGAAUGCAGAAAUAUGUACGAGGAAGGAAAAAUAAAGUGACUGCUAAAACAAUGCCUGACAUCAGAGUAAGAAAGAAGCUGAGGCGUUAUGAGGAGCAGCAGAAACUGGCCGCCAAGCAAGCUGCAAGGACAGAGCUGCUCCUUCCAGAAGACAGUGGGUUCCUUGAAGCAGACGAGGGAGAAGAGACAUACCAGAUCACCCAGCAGGAUAUUAGUGAGGCUGUCGAUAUAGCCAGUGCCACGAAGUCUUUUGAGCUGAAGAUGGAUCGUUUUGGACCUUAUCGUCUGAACUACACCAAAAACGGACGACAUCUUUUACUUGGAGGUCGUCUGGGUCAUCUAGCUGCCAUGGACUGGGUUAGUAAAAAACUCACGUUUGAGAUCAACGUUAUGGAGUCCAUCCGAGAAGUCAGAUGGCUUCAUCUGGAAACGAUGCUAGCUGUGGCCCAGAAGAAGUGGCUGUACAUGUACGACAACCGGGGAGUGGAGAUUCACUGCAUUAAGAAUAUGAACAGCGUCCUCAGGAUGGAAUUCUUACCACAUCAUUUCCUCCUCGCUACAGCCAAUGCUCAUGGUGUCCUUCAGUACCUGGAUACUUCCAUUGGUAAGAUGAUCAGUGAGAUCCCAACAAAGUGUGGCCGACUGGAUGUCAUGACCCAGAACCCUUACAAUGCAAUCAUCCACCUCGGUCAUCCAGAUGGGACCGUCACUUUAUGGAGUCCAAGUAUGAGAGAACCCGUUGUGAAGAUGCUGUGUCACAAGGCCGCAGUACGAGCUGUGGCUGUUGACUCGAAAGGACUGUACAUGGCAACGGCCGGAAUGGACAGGCAGCUGAAGAUAUUUGAUGUGCGGACCUACAAGCCCUUACAAGUCUACCGUGUAUCCUACGGUGCUGGAGACCUUAGCUUCAGUCAAAGAGGCUUACUGGCGGCUAACCUCAGCAACGUCAUCGAGGUCUAUAAGGAUUGUUGUACAACCACCAUAGACAAACCUUACAUGAGACACACCCUGGGAUCUCCCAUCAGUGGUCUCAGCUUCUGCCCUUAUGAAGAUGUCUUAGGAGUUACGCAUUCCAAGGGAUAUGCAAGCCUACUUAUUCCAGGUGCUGGGGAGCCCAACUUUGAUGCAUUGGAGGCCAACCCUUACCAGUCAAAAACGCAGCGAAGGGAGUUUGAAGUCAAGGCUCUAUUGGAAAAGAUUCCACCAGAGUUGAUAACUCUUGAUCCUCAUACCAUUGGCUACAUUGACUCAGCAUCCAUGGAACAGAGAGACAAAGAAAGACAAGAACUCUAUGGGAUGAAGCCACCACUCAAAUUUGAGCCUCGCUUUAAGAAGAAGGGGCGGAGCACUGCCUCCAAGAGGGAACAGAGGAAACAGGGUCACAAAGAGGAAGAGAAAAGGGAGAAACUUCGACAGGAAAGUUACAAGAAGCAAGAUGAAGAGAAGAAACGGAAGGAGGAGAAGGAAGCCAAGAAAUCAUUGGGAUAUCUGACUGCCUUGGAUCGAUUCAAGAAUUGAUAGAAACAAUCACUCUCUUUCAAAUCACAGCUGGAUAUCUCUCCAACAUAUCCGAAAAUUCCAAAAUGAUUACCCCUUCAGAUAUUGUUAUCAAACCACCCUCCCUGCCACAUUUUUAAAAAAUUUAACCCAAAUUGAUGUUGCUUCAGCUAGGAGACUUUGAAUCGUUUCAUUAAAUGUAUGACACAAUCCAUCUUAAAACUCAAGUUAUUUUUAAGUGUGACCUUUCGCUUAAAAACAAUCUGUUUGGGGACAAAACUGUAAUAGGCUGGAUUUGUUUGUGUUUGAAAUGUUAUAAUUCAAUUUGGCAGAAUAUGUGACUGAAGUGCAUAUCUUCUGCGCAUCUUCAUUUUCUCAGUUAUUUAUCAUUUGUUUUGGUUUUUUUCUUUUAGUUUGUUUUAUUUGUAGUUUAUGCUCGUCUUUAGUAUUACUAUUACACCAUAGAGGAAGGACACAGAAGGAGUUGCAACUCUGGCACUCCAGAGUGUUCAAUGAUGGACGCCGGAGAGUCAGACAAAUAAUAGAAAGCAUUCCAAAAAUGCCUGAUUACUGCCUGCAUCUUAGCCGGACAAGUGGGGCCAGUAAUAUCCUAGCAAUACUUGUAGUCAUUUGCUUGCAAUUAAGUACAAAUUAUUGCUGUGACCAGGAAAUACAGUUAGAAAAAACCCUCAUAUCAGAUCUACAUUUUCCAUUGUAAAUACACUUUUUAAAUUUUGAUACACUAUUCCAUUAUCCAUGCAAAGCUUGUAAUUGUAAUACGCUUUUGUACAA